AUUGAAAGAAAACGACGCCGGCCACGAGCUCGGCUGUCCUUGAAAGAAAGGGCACUGUGUAUAUCAAUAUAUUACGACUCACUGACACCUAUAUUGCAACCACUGGCUUCUAUAAUUGCAAUUUUUCUCAGGCUAUUGCGUUGUGCCUGUCAAGCACGGAAGGUCAUGUCAUGGCGCGAGCCUCGACUGACAGAGCCAGAGCGCUGGCCACAAACCGCUAACCGUGAACAAGAAGCCAUGAUUCAGACAUCGACACAUGGCCCUGCACAGCAUAGUUGUCGACCGGUUGCCUCGCGGGACCCCAGCGCUGCGCUACUCGUCCUACUGCUCCUCGUGAGUGCAUCAGGCGCCUUCGUCCGUGGCGCCCUCGCGCGCGAAGCUGUCACUAUAUCAUCGCUGCUAGGGCUGCGAGGAGAUGGCAAAGCGCGGAAAGAAGGCGGCGUGCGGGGGCCGGGCGCCGGCGGCGGGCUGAGGGAUGAGGACCUGGUUCUUGUCAUGGGCACGACAUCCGGCCGCCUCCACUUGGCACACACCAGCGCCCGCGAGGCACGAAACAUGCAGCUUUUCCACAGCGAUAGUGGCGGUAGCAGCAGCAAUGGCGCAAGUGGCAGGGAUGGCGGGCCAGUCCGUGUUGUGUACGUGCUGAAUGACUCCAGUGUAGCAGAGCGCCUGCAGCAGCAGGCGGAGGCCGCCGCAGCUGCGCAUGGCGGCGCCGGCGCCAGCCGCCGCAAGAGCAAGAGCGGCAGAAGCAGCGGCGACAGCAGCGGCAGCAGCCACGGCAGUAGCAGCGGCAGCGGCCACGGCAGUAGCAGUAGCAGUGAGACGUAUCUGUACUGGCCCGACCGGCCCGACAAGCGCCUGCCUGGGGACGGCCGGGUGGCGAUGGCGCCCUGGCUCGCCGCAAGGGCCAUGGACUACAAGUUCAAAUGGCUCCUGUACGGCGACGACGACACGCUGUUCUUCCUAGAUGCUGUCAAAGAGGUCCUGCGGGACUACGAUCCCGAACUGCCGUACGUGGUGUCGGACGAUAUAUGGCACAAGAACCGGCGCGGGCUGAUGGAGGCGCCGCGCUGCCUGCCCUGCCACGUCAGCACAGCCUGGCGGGAGGGCGUGGCGGCCGAGGCGGUGGCGGAGUGGGGGCAGGAGCAGCAGCAAAGGCGGAGCAGGAGAAGGAGGGGCAGCAGGCGAAGGAGGCGGCAAAGGCGGCGGCGGCAGCUGCUUGGGGGUCAGGAAGGGGAGGAGAAGGCUGCGGAGGGCGCAGAGGACGUGAAGGAGGAAGAGAUGGACAGCAUGGAAGGAGGAGGAAAAGGAGCAGCAGCAGCAGCGGCGGCGGCCGGCGGGGCAGGCGGCGGGGCAGGUAGCGGGGGGCGCGACCCGGGGCGGGCGGUGGGUCUGCCGUACAUCGGGUGUCCCUGCACGCCGCAGCUGGCGUGUCGAUACACACUGGAGCUGCUGGGGCUGGCGGGGGCCGACGACAUGGAGGGCGAGGGGGAGGAGGAGGAGGAGGCAGGUGACACGGCGGCUGGCGGGGAUGCCGGCGCGGGCGGCCGGCAGGUGUGGGCGCCCGAGAGCGGCAAGUGGGGCUUUCCUCCCGGCUACCCCACCCGCUGCGACUUCCCGGUGUUUAAUGGCGGCUCAGGCGCGUUCAUUUCCGUGGGCGCCUUCAAGAAGGUGGGCUUCGAGGAGGCUCUCAAGUGCUUCUACGACGACACCCAAGCGCUCACGUCCAAGCCCCAGUCGCUCAAGGCCAUGGCGCACGGCGACCGCAUGGUGUCGCUGUGCUUCUGGAUGCACGGCCUGGCGCCCACGGACCCGGGACUGGCGCUGGCACCCGGGCGGCAGGAGCUGCAUCCCGGGGGCCGCGUGCUGGACAGCGAGGCCAUCAAGCUGCGGGGCCUGCACCAGCUGCUGUCCGGGCAGGCGCCGCCGCAAACGCUGUGGUCGUACAUCUACGCCGCCUCGUCGCACGUGCGCCACAGCAACAUCUCCGCGCUGGUGACGCGGCAGGUGGCGGCGCUGGCGCCGGGUGCGCGCUACCGGGCGCAGGCGCUGCUGCAGGCGCGCGGCGAGUGGGGGCGCGGUGCGCUGGACGAGCAGGUGGAGCGGGGGGCCGGAGGCGAUGAGGAGGAUGGCGGUGGUGGCUAGUGAUGCUGGCGCUGGUUGAGAUGUGUGGUGAUGAGAGUGGGGAAGAGGGGGGUGAGGAGGAGGAGCAGAGAGGGUAGGGAUAACUGGGCAUUGUUGCUGGCGCGCUGAUGCUGCAUGGGAUGGCGGACUGGAGGCUAAGUAUGACUUUCAGGUGCUCAAGUGGCCUGGUGAGGCCUGGUGGUGGCAAGGCAGCUUGAGACGAGCGGCAGAGUGGGCGGCUCUGAGCUAUUGGCGAUGCAAAGCGUGGAUUUGUUCAGCGGUAUGAGAGGCACUGAAACUGGGUGGACGGAAUUAUGGGGCGCCGCGGAAGUUGGCGUUCAAGGGAGGGGGGAGAGGCGAGCGAGCGUGGGUGAAGCAACCCCGCUGCGCCCCUCAACUCGCGAUACCCAAUCGCUUUUGUGUUUAGCAUCUCAACUUCUGUCGUGUAUCAAUUCGACUAUACCGCGCCUGCGUUGGCUGAGAGCGACGGCCCGGCAGUUGCAACAUGCAUGUCGUCCCUGCCCCUCGAGACCGCUGUCGCUGGUGUCGCCAAGUACCUGCUCUAAACAACAACCCUUCGA